AUGGCAGAUGAUCUAAUGGUAGAGAAGGAUUUACCGGUGACAUUUGAUACUCUCUUGCAUAUUCAACAGCUCAGGAAAAAAACACUGAGAUCCUUUUGUGGUCAAAACGCUAAAAUCACUGCGCUUCCCCGGAAUGACCAGGAAGCUUCCCAGGUGGUGUCUUCAAUCAUAGUGAACAACAAACUGCAGUUACUGUACUGCAAAAUCCCAGCAACUGGGAUGGAAGGCUUGGAGCAGCUGUUGGAGAUGCUGGAGGAGAAAGAAGAUGUUACCCUGCAGCUGCCAGUUUCCAGUCACCAGCAGUUUGGCACCCAAAAGAUGCUGAGCCAGUAUAACCUGACGUCAAUGGAGGCUCUGCUUCAAUCCUACACAAAAGUGAUCUUUAUCAGGGAACCUUUCCACAGACUCAUCUCUGCUUACAUGCAUGGGAUGGCAGACGGCCUGAGUUUCAAGGAGUUCAUCCAAUACAUCUUAUACAGAGGAUCCAGGAAUGCCAGUCCUGAAUGGAAGCCACUGGUCAGCCUGUGCCGGCCAUGCCUCAUCCAUUAUGAUUAUAUAAUCAUGUUUGGCUUCCUCGGCAGGGAAGUGCCCCAUAUGAUGCAGCGGGCUGGGCUCCUAGGGAACAGCCAGCUUCCUGAGUUCAUAGAUUCCAAAAUCUUUUGGACCUAUGGCUGGCUACAAGAGCAGAUGUUCAGCGAACUCUCUCUUGCACAGAAGAAACAGCUGUGCCAGUUCUUUCGGUUUGACUUUGCUGCAUUUCACUUUCCUAACAGCUUGCUCUGGGACCAUACGUGCAUUGCAGGGAGCACUUAG